AUAUAAGUCUCUACACCCAGAGCUCUCUGGUUAUCUCUGUGUACCAUUCUGCCCAGCAACCCCAAUUUGGUUCUCUUUUCCAAGAGCAUUGUGAGUGAGCCCAGAAGAGAGUGUGAGUGAGCCCAGAAGAGAGUGUGAGUGAGAAAGCAUAGAAUGGCCACGCCGCCGAUGCCGCCGCCGAACAUGGAGGGUGGCCCGCCGCAAGUUGUAGCACAGCCGCCGGGGACGGACAUGACCGGAAUAUGCUUCAAGGACCAGCUUUGGCUGAGCUCUUAUCCUCUCGAUCGCAAUCUGGUCUUUGAUUACUUUGCAAUCUCGCCCUUCUACGACUGGACCUGUAACAAUGAACAGCUCCGUCAGCGCGCAAUUCACCCUCUUGAUAUCUCUCACCUCUCCAAAAUGACGGGGACAGGAUACAUGCUGACGGAAGUUACAGAGCCGCACCUGUUUGUUAUCCGCAAGCAAAAGAGGGACAGUCCGGAGAAAGUAACACCCAUGAUGACUUACUAUGUCUUGGAUGGUUCGAUAUAUCAAGCACCUCAGCUCUGCAAUGUUUUUUCAGCUCUGCAAUGUUUUUGCAGCUCGAGUUCAAUGGGACGUGCUCUCUAUCAUAUAAAUAAGGCUUUCACCACUGCGUCUUCAAACUUGGAGAAGAUUGGAUUUGAAUUUGAGAUAGAGAGAGAGUUCUUGUGCGGCCUAGUUGGAAUGAACGGCGAUCUGAUGAGCCAGUACAUUGAGUUCGUCACUGAUAGGCUGCUGGGUGCGUUGGGAUACGGGAAGAUCUAUGAUGUGCAGAACCCGUUUGAUUGGAUGGAGCUGAUUAGUCUUCAGGGGAAGACCAAUUUCUUCGAGAAGAUAGUUGGGGAGUACCAGAAGGCUUCAGUCAUGAACAGCAUUAGUGGAAACAGUGGUAACCAUGCGUUUAAGAUGGAUGAGGAUUUCUAAACUUGGGUUUGUGUAUUAGGGACUUCUUGUUUUUGUUUUUUAGAUUUACAAGUUCUCUUUUUGUUCAAUUUGUUAUUCUGUGCCUUCAGAUAUAUGAUAAAUGGAAAAUUUCAAUA